AUGCCUUCCCUCAUCAACACAUUUGCUGCUCUGGCUUCCCUCUUGGCCAUCUCCAGCGCUGCGCCCACUAUCGUACCCCGCGCCACAGAGUGCCCCUCCACUGGAAAAGCCCGCCUUCAACCCUCAGCUCUCUACAACAUCUUCCCCAGCGCCCCCAACGUCGCAAAGAAGACGUCUGGCUUCCACGUCGAGACCUACAACAACGCUUCCCAAGUCGAGCAGCUUCUCGUUUUCAAGGAUCUCCCCGCCGACGCCAAGGACUGCAGCAUCGGCUGGGCCCAGGGCGAGCGACCGGAGCGCACCUUUAUCGUCAAGGGCGGCGAUGCUCUGACUGAGGUCAAGCAGCUGUCUGGUUUCCCCGACACCAAGUCAAUCACGUACGAGACGGCCAAGAAGUUUGAGGCGGCCGACGAGACCGCUGGUGCUGCCGACUUUACCAACUGGGACGAUCUCCCUGCCCAAGGCCACAUCAUCGGCGCGAUCGACUGCAAGAGCUCCAUCUACCUCAAGGCAGCGCUCCGAAACCCCGACGGAAACACAAAGGUCUACCUUGAGCAGAACAGCAAGAACGGCCUGUACAUUGAGUACAGCUGCUAG